CACGUAUCGGGAGUAACCUCCCGUAGAUAUGACGUCACGGAACUUCCAAUUUGUUUACAAAUGGCGGCCGAUUGACGAUCGACAGGUGCGAUCGCGAAAAGAUAAAUACCAUAAUGGCAGAGAGACCCAAGGCAUCUAACAAGAAAGAAAAGAAACACAGGAAACAAACUCCUGUUGUUGAUGAGGAAGAUGUAAAUGAAGCAGUUAAAACACAGGACACCAAAACCAGCUCCCAAACAGAGAUUGUGAAGAAUGAAGAUGAAACAACAACUAAAACUUCCACUGUUGAGACAACAGUGACAACAAAGGAGACAGUUGAGGUUACGACCCUCGACCCAAAGGACUAUGACCUUACAGAGGAAGAGGAGAUCCAAUAUGUGCCCCCGCCCCGAGAUGACACCCUUCCCGACUUGUAUCGCCUCAUGGACAGUUUGGAGGAGGGGGAGACAGACCUGGUGGCAAAGAGAGACCCCCCGGCUCUGUUUACCAGGGAGGAGCAUGUCCCAAAAUAUGAGAAAAUCUCAGAGCUUAAGCUGGCGAUGGAGAAGGAAGAAUACCCUGCAUAUCUCAACGAGUUUGAGGAGGGAGUGAAGGACGAUGUAGUCAUGCUCGGCCAGAUCUCGCUGGAAGAGGUUCAGGAGGAGGAGAAAAGGCUCAGAGACGAGCACAUCCAGUAUUUGGAUCAGGAGGCUGAAAGGAAGCGUAAAUUACAAGAGGAGGUUCUACGAAGGGAGGAAGAGGCGAAACGAAGAAUGGCUAAAGUUACCAAGGAGAGCAGGACAGACAUUGCCAAGAGAGAGGAGAUCCUGAGACAGAGAGAGAAGCUGUUAAUGGACCGCCUCCAUCGUGCGUACAGGCGAGCUGAGAGUCAGCUGAUCAGCGUACUCGAGCGGAGGAAGGGCGAGGUCCAGACGUUCUAUGGUGACCUGAUGCUGGCUGAUGGUGUGUAUGGAGGAAGUCAGAGUCGCAGGUGGAAGGUCGACUGGAACAAGACUCCACAGCCAAUCCAGGUCAAGCUGAUGAGUCUUAGAGGGGUCAGGGACAAACUCCCAGGUGGAAGAUAUGUCUUGAUGGUAUCACUUUACAACCGGCUUGGAGGUCACAACAUGAGAUGGUCAAAGUUGAAAGGUCAAACCUGGGGCGCAGCCACAUUACCAAUAAACCAUGAUGGCCGAUACUACAAUGUGGAAAUGAAGAUGGACCAGAGUGUGUUUACCGUCCUGCCAGCUAAAGCUUCUCUCAGACCCGGAAUGAUCCUGAUGUUUGAGUUGUUUCUCCUGAGGGGUGCUGUUGUGGCCACUGACCGAGUAGUGGGGUGGGGCUGCUUCCCCAUCUGUGAUGGACAGUUCGACAUCAUCGAGGGAAAGUACAAAUGUCCAAUCAUGCGUGGAGAGAUGGACCCCAUCCUGGACAAACACGAGAAGUUUGAGGAACUGAUGGCCUCAGAUAUGGAUCAUUGGCUCUGCAACAUGUACUUUGAAAUUGUAAAACUCCCCCGACACCUUGCCAGUCAGAAGGAGUACGAGGUGGAGCUAGAGUUCUCCUCCUCAAUCACGGGAUUCCCCAGCCGUGUCAACCCGGGGGAGGAGUACCGUGACGGGGAGGAACCCAUCCCAGGGUCACUGUCCUCAAUCAGCUCAAACCCCAGUCCAUCCCAAGUCAGUUUAAACAGCCCAACUGAGACAGACUUUGAUGGAAACAAGUCUGAUGCCACGGCAACCAAGGUCAAACUGAAUGAGAGAUUGGGAUUAGAUGACAAGAGGCCCUCUACUGCUGCCACCACUUUUGGAUCCCGGAUAAUCCACAAAGACAGAAAGAUGGACCUGGAUUCUGACUCAGAGGAUGAAAAUGCUGAAAGAGAGGCUCUGGCUGACCUCAAUGACCUGAAGGCCAUUCGUAAAGAGGAGGAUUUCAAACCAGUAGAGGGGAUGCCGGGAAUGUACUACAAGAGAUACCUGAACAACCCAGUGGAGGUCUACCACAACAAGCUGUACUCCAUGCUACCACACACCCACAUCCUGCAACCACCAGCAAACCGCAAGAAGCUGACGCAUGUGGAGGAACUAGAGCAGCACUCCUUCACUGUGCAACCUCCUUUUGCGGAGAAAGGUCGGUACUCCAGUGGAACCAACAAGAAGCUGCAGUAUGUGGGGCGCCAGUUUAUGGCUGAACUGGGAUUGUCGGAGUGGAGGAGCAGGGAAUUCUGGGGAAUGUUGUUGAUGUUUAUCAUUGUUUUCUUUAUCCGGAUGUACAACCAUUACAUUGGUCAGUGGAUGUUCCUCAACGCAAUCGGCAUUCCCGUCAACAAGUUUAACUUCCUGCCGUACACUGUGGAGCUGAAUUACCAGAGCACACUGAUGGCCACGCGGGAGGAGAUAGGCGUGGUGUGGCUGGGACCGCUGACGAACAUCGUGGUGUUCUCUCUACUGGUCGUGUUCUGCUGGGUCUGCCAGAAGCUGUUUGGACUCUUCCCAGACAUUGGAUGUAAAUUCAUUGUGGCUUACGGAUUGUUCACAUUCCUGGAUCCUAUCCUCAUCCUCAUUGUUGACAUGAGUCUCAAGAGAUAUGAGGACACGUCCAUCUACCCCCAGGCUGAUGUGGUCAAGCUGUACUACCACUUCCUGAGACUGGAGGGCUCAGGUCUGGCUGGGAUCUUCAUUGUGGCCUUCCUCUAUGUCUUCACCAUGUUUAUGUCCGCCUCCAUACUCUACAUGUACUUCCUCAGGCUACAUAACAAUGGUCGAAUGCUGGAUGUGUAUUGGCGUCUCCACGGUGAUGAGGAUAACUUCUUCCUGCCCUAUGACCUUGAAGUAUCUAAUCAGGAGCUGAAUUACAUAGUGAAGAAAUCGGAGAAAUGGAGAGGCGAGGAAGGAGAGAGGAGAAAGUCUGCAGUCUAUGACUAUAUAUGGGAGGAGGAAGAUGUGGAGGAGAGCAUUUGGGACGAGAGUGGGGUGGAACACAAGGAGACAGUGAAGGGGAGGAAGGAGAUCACCACCCACGUCUCAAUCCACACCAUUCAUUUGGACGGACUCCGCGAACUCUACCGCCACUUUCUGCGGCUUCCUGAUGGAGCCAUUGUCGAGGUGUUUGGAGAUAUCUCUAUCCCAGGAAUGGACAAGGACAUGAAGAAUGCCCUUGAGAGAGGUGCCCGAGGGGUAGAGAACCUGAUGGGAUCCCAGGCCAGUUUCCAUGGGGUGCGAGGGAGGAGAAGUGCCCACACCCAAUCCGGAUUCACAGCGGAUGACUUCCCACCCCCUGCUUCACCUGCCCCAAGCAGUAGUGAUGACUCCCUCCCCAAGAAAAAGAAGUAAAUAUCCAACAUGGAGGGUCCAUUCAAGUCCAGAGAUUGUGUCUAAACUUGAUUCCAGUAUUGUUGCAAAGACAAUAAUUGAGAUUUAUUAAAAUUAUCUUCCCCAAUGCAAGCACAAUUUUGUUUGCUAUAACCCCCCCCCCCCCCCCCCCAAAAGGAAUUUUUUGUUUUUGUCUCCCCAAAGUUAUCUGUUUUGGAGAAACUCAAUUUCUAGAAAUUCUGUACAGUUUGGACCAACUUAUUUUUGUGUUGAUUAUUUACUUAUGCAAUAUUUAGUGUGCUGAGUAGGACUUGAGCAAUUUUUUGUAGACAAUUAUGGCUUUUUUGAGUUCCGUCCAUAUUUGUUAUUUUCUAGAUGUGAUUUUUUUUCUACUUUGAUUUUUAAAGGCUAGAUGCAAUAAAGAUGUGAUAUGUAUGGUGUACCGUCCAAAAGCUUAUUUCUGUAUAAUUUUUCUUUUUUAUCACCAGAGGAUGUAUAUUUGUAUACAGAAUUACCUUAUUCAAUAUGUUAAUAUUUAAAAAAAUUUCUUUAUUGAAUUGCAUAUCUAAUUGAUUUACAAAUUUAUAUGGCUAUAAUGAGCCGUUAGAAGAUGGCGUAGGUGAUAUAUUUAUUUUAAUAUAUGACUAAGCGCAGAAAGCUGAUGUAUAUUAACCUCUAUUGAAUAUGCAUAUGGAAUUACCUUUUUAUUCUCAUAAUUAUAUUUUUGAUUUUUAUACUAAAAUUUUUUUCUUACUAUUAUUUAUAAUUAUGUAAGCAAUUCUUGUACAAAUCAAUUUACAUAUUGAUGCUGUUGACUCAAAUGUAUAUUUAUAAUUAAUAUAGUUAAUUUUAUAUUUCAUCAUUAGAUCUUCAAAUAUAUAAUUAAAUACAACUAAACCUUUUCUAAAAAUAUAUAUCAUUUGUACCUGUUUUGAAUCCAAUAUACUCCAACCAAAUUUUGAUAAAUUGAUUAACUCUGUAUUUACUGUAAAUCUAUUUUGUCAUAGUGAUUUAUUUAUACUGUCUGUAUUUAGCCCUGAUUUAAUAAUAAGCCUGUGAUAAUUCUGUUAACUUUGGCUGCUGGCAGUCUCAAUAUAACUCCGUCCAUUCUGUUAACUUGUUAUCUCCCUUUGUUACCAAGCACAGUUUAUAUAUGUAAUCCUAUGUAUACAUUUAAGAAAUUAUUAUAUUAUUAUCAUAUAAUAAAUAAGAUAACCAAA